AUACGUUAUAAAAAAAAUUCAUGAAAUUCAUAUAUUACACUCAAGAAUUAAACUAGGGUUUAGGGUACUCUAAUCCACAUGUAAUUUUUUUUUAGGAAAACUAGUUUCAUAUCUUCUAUGUUAGUGGCAAUUUGUCUAAGCAAACUGUAGGUGGUUGGUUCUCUUACGCCGAUUUUCAUCCAACAACUUCUGGGUUGAAAAUAUGAACAAAGAUGGAGGAAAUGACCAGUAGAACACAUCCUAGUCGUUAGAAUUUUACUCUGAAAAAUACAUGCAAACAACUUUUAAUGUAUGAAGUAUUUACAACACUACACAUUAUUUUCAAAAUUUAACAUACUGUUAGAUUGAAUAAAUUGAAAAAGUUCAAUGAACAAAAUAUUUAAAAAAUAAAAAAUAAAAUGUAAAAGAUAAAAAAAAAAAUAGUGCUCGAGUAGCACCAUCUUAAUAUAAAACGUGAUUUAGACUCAAAUACUCCAUAAAAAUUUCUACAUGCCUAGAAUUGAAAGAAAAUUAAAAAUCAGUCACUUUCCAGCUCCUUAAUGGAUCUCCAGCUAUAAAUACACCUCCCACAACUGUCUUCCUACUCAUCAUCAUCAUCAACAAACCCAACGCACAUAAUAUCACAGAUACCCUUUCAUCUCUCGCACAACAAAAAUGGAAGAAGCGAUCAGAAGGAUGGACGAAUUCACUCAUUCUUCUGAACCCGACCCGAUCACUAAAGAGCUAAGGAAGUCAACGACUGCCGCCACCAGUAAGCGCUCGCUGAGAGACACUGCGACAGCCACUUCCUCGGGUGCAAUGAGAUACCGCGGCGUGCGACGCAGGCCGUGGGGUCGUUACGCGGCGGAGAUCCGGGACCCGCUGGCCAAAGACCGGCGUUGGCUGGGGACCUUCGACACGGCAGAGGAAGCCGCCUGCGCCUACGACUGCGCCGCUCGUGCCAUGCGCGGCGUCAAGGCUCGGACCAACUUCGUCUAUCCUCCUUCCCCGCCUACCGAUGUCGUCGCCGAUCACCCCUUCCCUCCUUUCAGCUACCACAUGCACUCUCACCCGUCUGCUAAAACUCGUAAUGGUUACGGCGGCGCUAACUACUCUCCUAGUUGGAAUUCUGUACCCUUUUUGCAAUACCCAUCUCCUAAUCAGAACAACGGCUACGGCGGCGCUACUACUGCUGCUGCAACUUCUUCUUUCAACAUGCUUUUCCUCCGGAAUUUCAUAAAUCCCUCACAAAGCCCAUCUCCCGUUUACAAUAACCAGUUUCCGUACAAGAUAAACGGCUCUUCUUCUACUUGUUGUUCUUCAGCUUCUUUGGUCAACCACCCCUCUUCUGGUCCACGUCAUGAAGCCAACAUCUCCGGAAGUACUAAUUUCACUACUGGUUCUUCUUCUUCCAUGGCUACUACUCCUACUUCUACUACUACAACUCUUCCCUUCAUGGAUAUUACUUCACCUCCUCCCACAAAACCCACCUCCAACGACGAUCAACACUACUCCUCCGACUUCUUCCCCACGGAGCCGUCCGAUUCCGGGUUUCUAGAAGAGGUGAUCGACCGCUUCUUCUCAAAACCCACCUCCAAGAAACUAUCAAAUGAUGUUCCCAAAUGGACUGACGACUACGCCCAUCCUUCCAGUGCAGCUCAGACACCUAGCUUUGAUGGGUCUUCGACAAGGUCCGUUGGAGGGUACUCAAAAGACGAUCACCGUCAGGUAAAUGUUUGUUACAGUUUCCAAGAGCUGCUGCCGCUGCCUCAGCCGCAGAAGCUGGAAGGAUGUAGUUUCAACGAAUUAAUGGAUCAUCAUCAUCAACAACAGCAAGUGUCACAUCCACAGGCAGUACCGUUUUACAACGAUCACGCGCCGUUGGGCGGCGGCUCAGAUCACUCCAUGGGAGUGGAUAACAUGUUUCAGUACCCUGAGGUUAUGGGUGAGUUUGCAGCCAGGGUCCAAAACUAAUAAUUCCUAUAUAGCUUCCUGCAAAAUGUUCCCAUAUGAUAAGGUAGCUUAAGAUAGCUAGAAAAAAGAAGGGUAUGGAUGUAACCAGUUUGCAUGCAACUUUCUAUUUUUCUUCCCAACUAAAAUUAGGGUUUCUGUUUUUGUUUUAUUUUAAAGAAGGUUAGCGGAAACUGUUUCUGCUGCUUAGUUUUUAGUGAGGAACAGACGGGAAGAGAGAAAAAUAUCUGAAUUGUUAUCGUAUUUUGAUUAAAUUAUGCAAAUUCUGUGUUUCUUUUUAUGUUUUAUUUUUUUUUAGUUUUGGAAAUUUGUCUCGUUUUAAUUUUGCUUUUGUUUUUCAGACCUGUGACACCAACUGUUCAGUCUGUUCAGUUGGCCUUAGAGUGAUAUGGUUGACAUUGGAAAUCUGGGAACUUGUAAGGCCAUCAUUGGACUUUUCGGCUCUAUCUUCAUUAUUCUUGUAUUGUUGAUACCUAUAUAUUCAAUGAGCUCCAUAUCCAAUAUUCUUGAACUCAGCAAGCG